AUGACAGGAAAUAGCAGAAAUGGGAAGACAAUGCAAACCAAAAAAAUUUUUAACAAAAACUAUGGAAACAAAGUAAAAAAGAAUAAGAUAAGAAACCAUGGGAAGACCAACGGUGGGUAUGACCAACUGGACGAAAGAGCCCAACUGCAGAAAGAGAUAGAUGAAAAGUUAGAACUUGUUGUUCAAGAAAAUAAAAGAAAACAAUACGAGGAACGAUGGAAAAGCAAUAUCAACAAUGACGAGCAUAGUGGUGAUGGUCUCAAAAAAGGUUUUAAAAAUGGAGAAAGGAAUGGUGAAAAUGAAAAUAACACCAGUCGCAAUAGCACGAGCAAGAAAAAUGACAAAAAUAAAAAUGGCUUUAAAAAUAAUUUAACAAUCAUUGACAAAAAUGUUUUGACGGCGCAUGAGUUUAAGACACUUCCAUUAAGUAAAAGAACCCUAAGAACUCUAAGUGAAAACAACUUUGUGCAUAUGACAAACAUACAGGCUGUAUCAAUCCCCAUCGUACUGUUAAAUAAGCAUAUCUAUGCACAAGCACAAACAGGAACUGGGAAAACACUAUGUUUCUGUAUCCCCUUGGUUGAAAAAAUGUAUAGAAAUAGUAUUGAUAGUUAUAAUAGAAUUUUGGGUGGGAUGAUAAUAACUCCAACGAGGGAGCUGGUAUUUCAAAUUUUUGAAGUUUUAAAUAUGUUAAAUAAAUAUCACAAAUUAAAUAUAUGUUGUGCAAUAGGUGGAAAAGAUGAAGAAAGAGAAAAAUCUAUUUUUAGUUAUGCAAAUAUCAUUGUGUGUACGACGGGAAGAUUGUUAUACCACUUAGAAAACAAUUAUUAUUGCAAUUUGGACUACUUAAGCACUCUCAUAAUUGAUGAAAUAGAUAAAUUAAUUGAUAACAGCUUUUAUGAUAAUUUAAAGAAUAUUUUAUUAUACAAGCCAAAAGAAAAUUGCCAGAUAUGCUUAUUUUCAGCCACAAUUUGUAAAUUUUUAGGCAUAAUAUUGAGAACCUUCAAUAUUAAAGACUAUGAAUAUGUAAGUAUAAAUGACAAUGACAAAUAUAUAGAAAGUAACAAUGUGAAACAGAUUUACAUUGAAUGUGAUAUUUACAAUAAAAUUAAUUAUUUGUAUACAUUUUUAUUUUCAAAGAAAAAUAAAAAAGUAAUUGUUUUUUUUUCAACAUGUAAACAAGUUCGAUUUAUGUAUGAAGUUUUCAGAAAGAUCAAAGUUGGUGUAAUGAAAUUUUUACAACUUCAUGGGAAAUUAAAACAAACAUCUAGAUUAAAUACAUAUCAUUUCUUUUCAAAAAAAAGAAAUUUUGUUUGCCUAUUCACAACAGAUAUUGCAUGUCGAGGAUUAGAUUUUGCUUCAGUAGAUUGGGUUAUACAUUUUGAUUUCCCAGAAAAUGUCGAAACUUUUAUUCACAGGUCAGGUAGAACAGGUAGAUUUACCAACGUAGGAAAUAGUCUUAUCUUUUUGACAACAGAAACUGACAACAAGAAAAUUUUCUUAAACAUUCUUAAGGAAAAUAACAUAGAUAUCAAAGAAAAGUUUAUUAAAAAAAAUAAAUUAUUUGAUAUAAAUAAUAAAAUACAUUCACUAAAUGCAGCUUUUGUUGACAUAAAAUAUCUAGCCAAAAAGGCUUUAAUAAUCUAUUUAAGACAUUUGUAUAUUGUGAUGAAAUUUAAAGGAAUAACAGAACUGAAUCUAAAUCAGUUGGCAUACUCCUAUGGACUCAUCGAAUUCUCUUCCUCCAUGAUGGAUGAGCUUAGGAUAAAUAAUAAUCAAGAAGUUCAAGUUAAAAAAAAAAGGUCACGUUUUGAAAAAUUUUUGGAAAUACUCAAGGCGAAGAAGUUAAAGGAGGGAAAAAAACAUGUACUAGAGGAGGAGGAGGAGGAGGGGGCAGGAAACGAAGAGGAAAGGAGGAAAGAAAAUUCUGCUCAAAUUUCUAACAAACAGGACAAUAAUGAUCUCUAUAACACAAAUGAUAAAAACGAAAACGCUCCCUCUAUUGAAGGAACAUAUAAAAACGAUCCAAAAUAUAACAAACAGAAGAGGACAAGUAGUUGUAUACAAAUCCAAAAUGUACACACAAAGGAGGAUAACAAUUUAUUUACUCAAAAAGAAGCCGAAUAUGAAGAGCACACCCCAAUAAUGCUACCAACGAAAAAAAGGAAGAAACGUGUAAAGGUACUGAAAACUUUAAGCAACAGUGUUUUGUACGAUGACUAUGGAAAUGAAAUAAAUGACGACAAUGUGAAGUUAAAAAUAUUAGUGAACCAAUUGAAUGGAAAUCAAGAAGAAGAUGUGGAAGUUGUAGAAUGUGAUGACGAAGACGAUAAGAUGAGUAAUAAUAGUAAGAGUAAUAAUAGCCCUAGUGGAACCAAGUAUAUUCAGAUGUUAAAGAAAAAGAUUGAAAGAGACAAUGAAAAAAGAAAAAUUAGCAAACUACGAAAUGAGGAUCGAUGUAUACGAAUAAAAAAGGACUCUACAGCUACCUCAGAUGGGCAAUCAUAUUCAGAUGAUGUGACAAAUGUAUCCACUGAUGAAAGUAGAGAAUCAUCAAGUUCAGACAGUAUAGGUACCUCAAGUGAAAAAUCGGAAUGCACCGAAGAUGAUCAAGCAGCUAAGAAAAAGAAAAUCCUAAGUAAGGGGGAAAUGAAAGCCGUUCCGGAGGAAAACGUGAAUGGUAAAGCGGCAAGCAUUUGUCCGUACUCACACACGUGCAAAUAUAUAUAUAUAUAUAUAUAUAUAUACAUACGUGUAUAUAUACGCGACUUACACAGAUAUACAUGCCUUUAUGUAGUAGAGACCUAG